AUGCCGAGCGAGUUUGAGGAUGUGCUGACGAACCAGCCCGUGGUGCUCGACAAUGGUUCCGGCACGAUCAAGGCGGGAUUUGCAGGGCAAGACACGCCGAAGAGCUUUUUCCCCAACUUUGUCGGACGUCCCAAGCACCCUCGUGUUAUGGCCGGCGCAGUCGAGGGUGACCGGUUUAUUGGGCGCAAGGCUCAGGAGCUGCGUGGCCUUUUACGCGUGCGGUACCCGAUGGAGCAUGGGAUUGUGAAUGACUGGGCGGAUAUGGAGCGGAUAUGGAGUUAUGUAUAUACCGAUGGCCUUAAGACUCAAAGUGAGGAGCAUCCCGUGCUUCUCACCGAAGCGCCGCUAAAUCCGCGUACGAACCGAGAUACUGCCGCACAGAUCUUUUUUGAGACAUUCAACGUCCCGGCCAUGUACAUUAGCAUCCAGGCGGUGCUCAGCUUAUACUCGUCCGGACGCACCACGGGCGUUGUGCUCGACUCGGGUGACGGUGUGACACAUGCGGUGCCUGUGUAUGAGGGCUUUGCGCUUCCACACGCGAUUCGCAGGGUAGAUGUUGCGGGCCGCGAUGUGUCGGAUCAUUUGCAGAUGCUGCUUCGCCGCUCGGGCUACUACUUGCACACCUCCUCGGAGCGCGAGAUUGUGCGUGCAAUCAAGGAGAAAUGCUGCCAGCUCGCUACCUAUCCUGGACAUGAGGAGCGCGAGGCGAAACGUCCGGUUGAGUUUACCUUGCCCGACGGCAACAUUAUUAAGCUCAACGAGGAGCGUUUUCGCGCGCCGGAAAUUUUAUUUAAUCCCGAGCUUGUUGGCCUCGAAGACGCCGGCGCGCACCAGAUCCUUGCUGACUCGAUCGGGCGCGCAGAUAUGGAUUUGCGGCGCAAUCUAUACGGCAAUAUUGUCCUGAGCGGCGGUACAACACUGACCAAGGGCUACGGCGACCGCCUAUUGCACGAGAUCAAAACGCUCGCGCCUGUCGAUACAAAGAUUAAAAUCUCAGCACCACCAGAGCGCAAGUACUCGACAUGGAUCGGUGGGAGCAUCUUUGCAGGCCUCAGCACAUUCCGCAAAAUGUGGAUCUCUGCGCAAGACUACAUGGAAGAUCCCCACUGUAUUCACAAGGGCCAAUCGCUCUGCGUCGAAAAUCCAUGGCGCUUGUUUUGCGCAUCGAUCUCUGUUGGCGCACGUUUUUGGUUUGGCGUGACUGUACCCGCCGUUCAGGUAGCUGUCAGCGAUCUGCACGCCGACGUAUUUAUGAAAGAAACCAUACUGGCGAUGCGAUACAACGCAUUGCUGCCGCAGGAUACGGCGUUGCAAGUUGCGGGACAGGCACAUGGUGCGAAGCUCGCGCCAUAUGCGCAGCAACGCGAUUUUUCUAUUCUCAGAGUGCAAGGAUCCGGCAGUUUUGGCAGUGUAUACAUUGCAGACUGGCGGAGCCCGUUGCCGAGUGAUGCUCGUGUAUCUGCCAUGCAGCAUGGCGGGACGCGGGCAGGGUAUGUGGGCAAGCACAUUGUAGCAAUCAAGCGGAUACGGAAGCAAUUUGAUGAUUGGAACGAUUGCUUAAAACUGAACGAGCUUCGGGCACUUUCGAGAAUACCAUCACACGACCAUAUAAUUCCCUUGUACGACGCUUUUUUGCCGCCAUCGACCAAGGAACUCCAUAUUGUGUUCGAGAGCAUGGAGGGAAAUCUGUAUCAAUUGAUUAGGACGCGCAAAGGGCGCCUAUUGACUGCUGGGCUAAUGGCUUCCAUUCUAAAGCAGGUAUUACUUGGUCUGGAUCACAUUCAUCAACACGGUUUUUUCCAUCGUGAUAUCAAGCCCGAAAAUUUACUCAUCACGACUACCGGCCUAGGAGACUACCCUACCUCCAUCUAUCCCUACGGCGGGGUGGAACAGGAUGCGAUGGUGAUUGUAAAGAUUGCUGAUUUUGGUCUUGCACGCGAAAUACAAAAUACAUCGAUGUACACAGAGUACGUGUCCACCCGAUGGUACCGCGCACCAGAGGUGCUGCUCCGGUCGCCGUACUAUUCAUCGGCAGUGGAUAUAUGGGCACUUGGAGCCAUUAUGGUCGAGCUUGCUACCCUUGAACCACUUUUUCCGGGCGUGAAUGAGGUUGAUCAGAUUAUGCGGAUCUGCUCCGUGCUCGGCUCGCCUAUGCAGAGUGCACAGUCUCUAUCUGCACCGAUGAUGGGCGGUGGUCCUUGGAAAGAGGCGCGUGCGCUGUGCGAAGCAAGAGGCGUGCAGAUCCCAGCGUCGCAACCCAUUCCCUUUGAUACGCUUUUCCCCGCGCAUACGUCUCGGAAUUUCGUCCAGCUUUUGUUUUCCAUGCUUCGUUAUGACCCUGCAUUGCGCCCGGAUACCAAGGCUUGUCUUGCACACACAUUCCUUCAGUCUGAAGCGCCAUUGCUUUGUCCACACACUGCUGCCGACGAUCACAAAAGCCAGGCUGGCUCGCUGCGUCCGAACAGCCGCCACCGGUGCGUGUCGGAUGAAGUUUCGUGGAACGCGGAGCGAUUUUCCACAUGCGAAACUGACACAACCCGAGUAUGUACGUCUGCUUCCAGCUACCCUGAACAUGCGCAUGUGUUGAGUACGGACGGACCUGUUUUGCCUUACAGCCUUUGGCGGCGCAGCACUAGUCACUCGCAAAGUAUUUCUUCGGAUGUCCGCGCCUCUGUUUCGGAAGGUUAUCCAGGGUCGAGCGAAUUUAACCCGCCCGAGAUGGAAGGAACCUGGUCCGUUCGCCAUGCACCCAAACCCCCCGAGACACCUGGAUUCUGGGCGGGAAAAAAGCAGGGAAACGAUACCCGACGUCUCUCCAAGGAAGAGCAGUUGAAACGGCGUGAGGCAGAAAGCGCUCUAAUGCGCGAUCGAUCUCGCGCCGUGAUGCAGAAACGCAUGCAAAUAAUCGAGGCGCGCACCCGUCGUCCUACACCAGACAGCCCGAGUGGUGGGUCAUAG